UUUAAAUAAAUAUCUGUUUUUGUAUUCUUUUAAACAUGUGUGGAUUCUCCAUUGUUUGAACCUUGAGCCAGUUCGUAACGUUCUUAUAAAAUUCAUUAGGUACUUUUUGUGUUAGAAACUUGUGGAUAAUCCUUCACCAAGUGCAGUUUAGUUGAGAAAUAAUUUACUUUUCAACCCUGUGACUUUUCAAGAAGUUGUUCAUUGCAUGACACAAAAUAUUUUUACUGCAAAGGAUGAAAGCCCAGAGGAGAGGGGACAUUGGUCGUGUAAAGUGGAGUUUCUUCUUGCUGUGGCUGGAAAUGUAGUUGGUCUUGGCAAUGUUUGGAGAUUUCCUUAUCUAUGUUACAAAAAUGGAGGAGGUGCAUUUUUGGUACCUUAUCUAGUGUUUGUGGCGACCUGUGGCAUUCCCCUAUUUCUUCUAGAGACUGCAAUUGGGCAGUACACCCAGGAAGGAGGUAUCACCUGCUGGAGGAAGAUCUGCCCUUUGGCCGAAGGUAUUGGUUAUGGAGGCCAGUUGAUCCUUCUGUACAGCUGCAUGACCUACAUCAUCAUCCUCUCCUGGGCUCUGCUUUACCUGAUUUUCUCCUUCAGCUCACAGCUCCCCUGGGCCAGCUGCAAAAACUACUGGAAUACUGCUGACUGCACAGACCUUACAAUCAAAAGAAACACAUCAAGGAGCAAUGACACUUCCUCCUCCUCUGCUGCCACAGAAUUCUGGGAGCGCAGAGUUUUAUCUAUCUCUGGUGGAAUAGAGCAGAUUGGCAGUAUCCGUGUUGAGAUUCUGUUGUGUCUAAUUGCUAUGUGGAUUAUUUGCUACUUUUGUAUCUGGAAAGGGGUCAAGUCAACUGGAAAAGUGGUUUAUGUCACUGCCACUUUCCCAUAUGUGAUGUUGUUGAUUUUACUGGUUCGUGGAGUGACUUUACCUGGGGCUCUGGAGGGAGUGGUAUUUUAUCUUCUGCCAGAACCCUCUCGACUCCUGGACCCUCAGGUUUGGAUGGAGGCAGGCUCUCAGAUCUUCUUCUCCUUCAGCAUUGGUGUGGGCUCUCUGACUGUACUGGGCAGCUAUAACAAGUACAACAACAAUUGCUAUAGAGACUGCAUGUGGCUGUGUCUGCUGAACAGUGGUACCAGUGUACUGGCUGGGUUUGCAGUCUUCUCCGUGCUUGGCUUCAUGGCAAAAGAACAAGGAGUAUCUAUUUCAGAGGUGGCUGAGUCAGGACCCGGGUUGGCCUUUAUAGCAUACCCACAGGCUAUAGCCAUGAUGCCCCUGCCUCAGAUGUGGGCCGUUUGCUUUUUUAUAAUGCUCAUCCUUCUGGGGCUGGACACUCAAUUUGUUGCCAUGGAGGUGAUCAUGACAUCCAUCACAGACAUGUUUCCUGCUGUGAUGCGUCGGAGUGGGCAUCGUGAGCUCUUCCUCCUCCUCUUCUGCCUCACCUGCUUCGUCCUGCAGCUCAUCAUGAUCACUGAGGGAGGAAUGUAUGUCUUCCAAAUGUUUGACUAUUACGCCUGUAAUGGAGCCUGCAUCCUCUUCCUCUGUGUCUUUGAAUCAGUGGCUGUUGGAUGGGUUUUUGGUACAGAGAAGCUGUUUGGGAUUAUAAAGGACAUGACAGGUUCAAGGCCCAAUUUCUAUUUCAAAAUCUGCUGGCUCUUUUUCACCCCAGGAGUGUCACUGGUCUCUUUUAUCUGUUCUCUGAUUGAGUACCAGCCUCUCACCUUUAACCACUGGUAUGUGUACCCCUCCUGGGCGUAUGUUGUGGGCUGGGUGCUAGCGCUCUCCUCCAUCCUGCUGGUGCCGGGGUGGGCCCUGUACCUGAUGACCACUCAGUCUGGAACACUGAAACGGCGCUUUAGUCAUCUGUGCAGGCCCAAUCCAGAGUACUCACUGACCUCUAAACAAGAGACCGAGCUGAACCACAUUGAAGACUCGCUCCAAGUGAAACAAUGA